GAUGCUUUUGGCGUUCGGCGUUGUCCAGUGGCAGUAAGUGAAAGUGGUGGACAUUAAUAAAAGUGCUUGUUCUCAAAUUAGAGCUAAGGCCUGUUGGCGACUUGCGCUAUUAUUAGUACAAGAAAUCAAUUAACCACAAUCGAAAUGAGUACCAAAGCUGAAUUAGCAUGUGUGUAUUCUGCUCUGAUUCUUAUUGACGAUGAUGUUGCUGUUACUGGUGAGAAGAUCCAGACCAUCCUGAAAGCAGCAGGAGUGGAGGUUGAACCCUACUGGCCAGGAUUGUUUGCCAAAGCACUGGAAGGCAUCAACCCCAAAGAACUCAUCACCAACGUUGGUUCAGGAGUAGGGGCUGGACCUCCAGUCGCUGGGGGAGCCGCUCCCGUAGUGGCUGAAGCAGCUGCUGCUCCUGCUGCCGAAAAGAAAGAGGAGAAGAAGAAAGAGGAAAGUGAAAAUGAAUCUGAUGACGACAUGGGCUUUGGUCUCUUUGAUUAGAUGAAUAUGCAACAGUAUUAAACCAAAGAAAUUGAAACUUGAACAAAAAUGAUUCUAGUCAUCACCUGUGAGAUAUUUUACAUCAAUAAAAUAUGUAAGAUUUUACUCUGA